CCCAGCUCACAGGCUCACAACGUCACACCAGUGAUCCCCCUUUCGAAGGAUCUGGUCGGUGCGUAAGAGCGCAGCGUGUCCCGACCAUGAUCCAGAGCUUCGAGAUCGGGACCCUCAUCACGAUACGACACUAGGCACUCGCGGUCGCGCAAAGCACCCAGUUCCUGUUGCGAACAUGCCCCCUCCGCCAGCCGUCUUCCACGCGCUCCUGCGGCCCGCGAUCAUCCAGAUCCUGCGCGCGACGGGCUUUCACUCCGCCAAGCCCGUCGUGAUCGACAGCCUGACGGACCUCGCCGCCCGCUACCUCGAGGUGCUGUGCCAGGAGACGGCGCGACAUGCUGGCAACAACGCGCACGUGCCUGACUACGCCGGCAUGGUAGAGCCAUCGCUCGUGGACGUCCGUCUGGCACUGCAGGACGUCGGCGCGUUUCUGCCCGAGCGCGACUGGGAGGAGCAGGACUACCUUGAGCAGGAGGAUACCAGGGGCGUGGAUGACUUUGUCGCAUGGGCGACGGGCCCUAAGACGGAGCAGAUCAAGAGGGUUGCACUUGAUGGCGUCGAGGAUGGUGUUACAGACUAUUUGACCGCGCUCAAGAAGAGGCAUAGCAAGACCGCCGAUGAUACCAAGUAUACGGGCUCGUUACUAUCUCGGGCUCAUGAUCAGGGUCUAGUUGUGGUCGAGGGAGGUGGUGAGAUUGACAGCAUCCAAGCUUGGGUAGCGAAACGACGUGAGGCGGUGACGAAGUCACCUGAACCCGAAAUCGAGUCCAGACCCGCAUCAAGCGGACUCAGUUCUGUUGGGACCAUGGCGGAUGAGAUGGACUUGUCAGGAUUAUGAUUAGACUCGACAAUUUGGAGAUUCUUCAAGGCAUUGGUGAGGGAGCAUACACAUACCACAAUUUGAUGGGUCAAUCAAAGAGCCUCGUCUGAGAAAUUCAGAGAUACGCAGACUUGACGUGACAGAACGUUAACUCAAGGCAGUUGCACUGCACGACAAGAUCGACUGAUGACCACAUUGGACUAGUGGCGCUGGACCCAUUAUCCCGCACAACAUUAAGACUGGAUUGGGGCAGCACCCACAGGAUGAGAGACUCGGGUGGUCACCCCGAGCCGACAUGUCGCUGUCAGGGACAGUCCAGAAGGGCAGAGACAGCGCAUUGCACACAUGCAAGAUUACUGCAGGGUGUGCUCUGAUAACUAAGGGAUGAGAGUUUCGCCAGGCCAAGGCAUUGUGACUUGCUCUGCUAUACUCAUCUCACUACUAUCAUGCAGAGGAUGAUGCUAGCAGAGCAUAAGUCAAGAAAGCUUGAGUCAAAUUGAGUAAUGGCAGGGAGUUGCCUGAGGUCAUACUUUUGCUGGGAGACAAGCCAUAGCAUACGGAACUUUAACCGUAUCUCUUGUGGACAGGAUUAUGAAUAUUCAAUCUGCCCAGCCUAGGCAUUCUCAAUUCAUUCUUCUGAUUGUAAGCCAG